CCAAGUUACUUUCUUUUCCAGCCUUCCCUUCGAAUCCCUCCUGCAGCAGCCAUCUGAGAAGAUGGUGGCAGAGAAAGAGGGCUUAAGCCCCUACAAAGACAGACCCCCACAACUGCAGGAGCCACUGCGACAUGCAAAAAGAACCAAGAAGCAGGUCAGCGAUGGAUUCACCAUCAAAGCCAUGAUGAAAAACACCGUGGUGAAAGGUCCCCCAGCUGCAGGAGCAUUUAAAGAAAGACCAACAAAGCCUACAGCAUUUCGCAAGUUCUAUGAGCGAGGUGACUUCCCAAUCGCCCUUGAGCAUGAUACAAGAGGAAACAAAAUAGCCUGGAAGGUGGAGAUUGAGAAGCUGGACUACCAUCACUAUUUGCCACUGUUUUUUGAUGGUCUAUGUGAAAUGCAGUUUCCCUAUGAAUUUUUUGCUCGGCAAGGCAUCCAUGACAUGUUGGAGCAUGGGGGAAACAAGAUCCUUCCUGUCAUUCCUCAGCUCAUUAUCCCAAUCAAAAAUGCGCUGAACCUUCGAAACCGACAGGUCAUCUGCAUCACACUCAAAGUCCUCCAGCACCUGGUUGUUUCAGCUGACAUGGUGGGGGAAGCCUUAGUGCCCUAUUAUCGUCAGAUUCUGCCCAUUUUAAACAUCUUUAAGAAUAAGAAUGUUAAUUCAGGAGAUGGCAUUGACUACAGUCAGCAGAAGCGGGAAAAUAUCGGAGACUUGAUUCAAGAGACACUGGAAGCCUUUGAGCGCUAUGGUGGUGAAGAUGCGUACAUAAACAUUAAAUACAUGGUCCCAACUUAUCAAUCGUGCUUGUUAAACUAACAAAGAGAAGACAGAAGAAUGAUGCCAUUUGCGUUCUCCAGCUCUGCCUAAUGUCCUGUUACUCGUUCUUUCCCUACAUCUACUAAAACAGCAGCUUCUGGGCCCUUAGACUGUUUAGUACUAUUGUGAACCAGUCUUUCCAAUACAUAAAUAGUGCCUGUUUCUUUCAUUACAAUGGUGUACUGUGCUUAUUUGUUCGAAGAAAGAAUUGCUUCUUUAUCACGAAGCGGAGCGGAGCAGGCAUCAGAGUCAAACCUUCAGUUGUAUGGACAAUAAAACUAUAAUUUUCAUACACAA